CUGAACCUCUUUCCUGCAUCCGGGCCUGGGUGGGCUGGCUCUCAAGCCUAGCAAGGGGCAUGGAGGUCCGCGGCGAACCCCAGUCCGGCGCGAGCUGUUCGUCGUCCCCCCGGGACGGCUCGGCGGUCUCGGUGUCCAAGGAGCUGCUGACAGCCGGGAGCGGCGGCCGCGGAGGUAUAUGGGACAGGUUACUCAUCGACCCCAAGCGUAACUGCAGAAAAAAUUCCACUCUUCAAACAGUUCGGAUAGAGAGGAGUCCCUUAUUGGACCAAGUACAGACCUUUCUGCCCCAGAUGGCUCAGGCGAAUGAAAAGCUAAGAAAAGAAAUGGCAGCCGCACCACCUGGUCGUUUCAAUAUUGAAGAUAUUGAUGGGGCUCUUGGAAAAGUUAUACAAAUGGACGUGGCCUUGUUUGAGAUGAAUCAAGCCGAGUCCAAAGAAGAGGACAGUUCAGAAGAGAGUUCGCAAGACAGCUCGGAGGACAGCUCAGAAUCUGAGGGGGAGGAUGACAGCACCUCUUCUGAAGUCACCAUAGAUAACAUUAAGCUUCCUCAUUCGGAAGACGGAAAAGAUCUCAUCUGCCAAGGGACUGGCUUUGCUCAGGAUAUAGGCCCGAGAAUUGAAACGAUCAUCUCCAAGUGGAUUGAGCUGAUGGAAUUUGUCCCCUCAUGUUUUAGAACUCUCUUUUAACUCUUUUUUCCCACUCCUCACAUUAGCUCAAGACAUCUUGUAAAUACUCUGAAGGUAAUUCUCAAGGUUCUUUCUGGUAUUUCCCAUUGCAAAUUGGAACCAGCUCUUCUGGGCUGUGCCUCACGAAAUGUACGAGGAAUCGAACAGAUCUGGAAAUGAGACUCCUCAGCUGGAAAGGUUACUGUGCUGUAUUUAGUAGCACCAAACAUAACUGUGAUGAAUUAUUGGUGUAAAUAAAGAUCGCCUCCUGCCAGCUAAUAUCUUUUGCUACAUUGGGGGAAGAGUUACAUCGGUCUGGUUCAUGACUUAGCAUGGCGGAUGGUACCGAGUGGGCACUGGAUAAUGUUAUUAAGCGACUUAAUGGAUAUAUGAGGGUGUAUAGGAAACUUCAAGCCGUGGUAGGCUGCUCCAGGCAGGGGGGUGUGAAGGUGUAACUUCACAGGAAAUACACAUCCCAGUGGAAAUACGCUGAGUGAUCAGUGAGAACCCAGUCUAGAAAUACGUACUAGUGUGUAGAAUUGUAAUAGUUCCCUCCGGCCACAGCUGUCUCAUAUGCUACAGCGAGCCUCCCUGUACAGCAAAGGAAGUCAACUAAAUUCAGACAUUCUUAUGACAUAGUAGAAAAAAGAAAAACAUGAAAAUUUAAUUUAUGAUAAGGAUGUCAUUUUAAGUGUAAAAUGGAUGAAUUAUUCAGUGUACAGUGUCAGAACUGGCUGCUUCAUGCAAGGUUAGAUCUUAGCCUCAUACCAUGUGCUAAGAUAAAUUUUAUGUGGAUUAAAGACUUAAAUAUAAAGAAAAAAUUAAAAGUUUCAUACUAAAAUAUGUGAAUAUCUAAUAGUGAAAUUGGGAAAAAGUUUUUUUUUUUUUUCUUUUUUCAGGAGGUAGGAGUCAAGAAAGUUUUUUUGGUUUUGUGUUUUUAAGCAGAGCGCAAAAUCUGAAAUCACAAAGGAAAAGAGCAGAAAACAACAUCCGCAUUAAUAUUAAAAACCAGUGCAUAGCAAAGAAAUUUUAAACGCAAAGGACAAAUUGGGAAAAAUAUUUGUAACGUAAGACUGAGUGUCAAUAUAUAAGGGGCUGUUACAAAUUAAAAAAAGGACUAAUAUCUUAAUAAUGAAAAGGCUAUAAGACAAUUCACAGAAAAAAAAAUGUUAAACCCCACGUAUCCAAAAAAAAAAAAAAGCAGAUGAAACCAAGAUUGUAUUGUUGAUUUAGCAAAUUGGCAGAUGAAACCAUAGCCAGUACUUACUGAGCCCUUCCUGUGUCACCCACUAUGUAAGUGUCUCACAUUUUGAGUCACCACCACUCAGUCGUAUAUGAAAAUGUACUGAGUUGCGCAUUUAACAUUUGUGCACCUUGCUGUAAGCAUGUGACACCUUAAGUAGAAAGCUGUUUUGUUUGUCAGCGUUUGGCCCUCCAGGCUGCUGGAAAGUAAAUCACUGUUGUGCUUUGGUUAGGCUGACCUGUGCUUUCUCUGCCUGGUGCUGGGGUGUGACAUGUGGCAGCCCCUUGGACAGCGGUUCUGUUCCUGCUAAGAUUGAUGAGGGGUACCAUGCUCAUGGGGUUCCCAUCCUUCUAUGACUCUCUGACAGUUAUAAAUCCGAAAAUCUGGUAUAAUGGUGUUUGUAGCAACAAUUUCAUUAUGAAUGGAUCUCCCGUCCAUCCCCAUAAUAUUUUAAUUGUGCAUUAAAUAAGGUACUUAUAUAAAAAAAUCCUGCCUUACGAAGUAGCUUGGAUUACUGUAUCUGUACCCACUGGUCUGGUAGGAAAGGCAAGGGGAGAGGCUGAGUCUUAUCUUCACUUGUAUUUCCCUCCACGCCGAGCAGAGGGCCUUUCACUAGGUUGAAAUGUACAAUAAAUGUUCAUUAAACUGCUCUUUUUCUCUUUAUGUCAGUAAAGUAAUUCAUUUUAAACGUCAGUGAUUCUCCAUCCUGAAGAAACAAGACAGGGUAAUUAUGACUGGUAGACUUUUCCAAAAAGUUGAACGCUGGAAUCUUUGUGGUUGACUCCCCACCACCCACCUGGUCAUGGGAAACCCCUGCCAGUGAUUGCAGUGGGAAUGAGCAC